AUGCCUCACCUCGCCGCUCUCUUCAUGCUGGCGGCCUCAUUGUGCUUCUGCGUUGCCUCGGCUUUCUCGGGCGACUUCGAGAUAUCCAAUGUGAUUGCUUCUUCACCCUUCCAAGCAGACCCGACCUCCACACAGAGCACUCUCAUCUCAUUUGAUUUUCAAGAUCAAGACACCCCAGAGCUUGGCUCCAAUCGGUGUGGUGUCGAAUGGGCUGUCGGGCUAUCGCCCCCUGUCAUGUGGCAGAACACCUGUGAUAACAGCACAUUUGGUGUUCGAGUGAUCUCGUGGUACGGUGUACAGAACUUCUCCCUUGACUUGAAACAUACGUACAUUGAUGAAAGCGUUGGCCAGUAUCCAUACAACGUGCUGACCAAGUUCGCUCCGCUGAAUGUCACGUAUCCUGGCACCAAACAUUACCAGUGUAACUUGUCUCAAGCUGAAUGUGGAAGUUACACUGGAGCAAUCAUCCUCGCAAACGUUACCAGGGCUAUUGCUUGA